AAGAGGAACCCUGAACCACCUGAGGCAGCUGGAGAUAAGGACCAGCGAACUGUGACCAUCAAUCCUUGUCACAUGGGAAAGGCAUUCAAAGUCAUGAAUGAAUUAAGGAGCAAGCGGCAUCUCUGCGAUGUGGUGAUUGUUGCUGAAGAUGUUGAGAUCGAAGCCCAUCGUGUUGUCCUAGCAGCCUGUAGUCCAUAUUUCUGUGCGAUGUUUACAGGAGAUAUGACUGAAAGCAAAGCAAAGAAGAUUGAAAUCAAAGAUGUUGAUGGGCUGACGUUAAGUAAGCUGAUUGAUUACAUCUACACAGCUGAGAUAGAAGUCACAGAAGAGAACGUUCAGGUGUUGUUGCCAGCAGCCAGCCUAUUGCAGUUAAUGGAUGUCCGACAAAACUGUUGCGAUUUUCUUCAGUCUCAGCUUCAUCCCACAAAUUGCCUUGGAAUCCGCGCCUUUGCAGACGUACACACGUGCACUGAACUACUGCAACAGGCCAACGCCUAUGCAGAGCAGCACUUUCCUGAAGUGAUGCUUGGCGAAGAAUUUCUUAGCCUUAGCUUGGACCAAGUUUGCAGUUUGAUAUCUAGUGACAAGCUCACAGUUUCGUCAGAGGAAAAGGUGUUUGAAUCUGUCAUUUCUUGGAUAAAUUACGAGAAAGAGUCUCGCUUGGAACAUAUGGCAAAGCUGAUGGAGCACGUUCGUCUCCCUCUCUUGCCCAGAGAUUACCUUGUACAGACAGUUGAAGAAGAAGCUUUAAUCAAGAAUAAUAAUACAUGUAAAGACUUUCUUAUUGAGGCCAUGAAAUAUCACUUACUUCCUCUGGAUCAAAGGCAACUGAUAAAGAAUCCAAGAACAAAGCCAAGGACACCAGUCAGUCUGCCAAAGGUCAUGAUUGUAGUGGGUGGGCAAGCGCCCAAAGCCAUUCGAAGUGUGGAGUGUUACGACUUUGAAGAGGAAAGAUGGGAUCAGGUAGCUGAGCUUCCUUCUCGGAGAUGUCGAGCGGGCGUGGUGUUCAUGGCGGGCAAAGUCUAUGCCGUGGGAGGUUUCAAUGGCUCUUUACGAGUCCGAACGGUCGAUGUCUACGAUGGCGUGAAAGACCAGUGGACGUCAAUAGCCAGCAUGCAAGAAAGACGAAGCACUUUAGGGGCUGCUGUGCUAAAUGAGCUUCUUUACGCUGUUGGUGGAUUUGAUGGAAGCACAGGGCUGGCAUCUGUGGAGGCCUACAACUAUAAAACAAAUGAGUGGUUCUUUGUGGCACCCAUGAAUACACGAAGGAGCAGUGUUGGAGUCGGAGUCGUGGAAGGGAAACUGUAUGCUGUUGGUGGUUACGAUGGUGCAUCACGUCAGUGCCUUAGUACUGUGGAGCAGUAUAAUCCAGCUGCAAAUGAGUGGACCUACGUGUCAGAUAUGAGUACUCGGCGCAGUGGCGCAGGUGUUGGUGUCCUCAGUGGGCAGUUGUAUGCUACGGGAGGACACGAUGGUCCUCUAGUGAGGAAGAGCGUGGAAGUAUAUGAUCCUGGAACAAAUACUUGGAAACAAGUGGCCGACAUGAAUAUGUGUAGAAGAAAUGCAGGCGUGUGUGCAGUCAAUGGGCUUCUCUAUGUAGUCGGAGGAGAUGAUGGUUCUUGCAACUUGGCGUCGGUAGAAUAUUAUAAUCCCGUCACUGAUAAAUGGACAUUAUUACCAACCAAUAUGAGCACUGGAAGAAGUUAUGCAGGUGUUGCUGUGAUCCACAAACCAUUGUGACACACGUUGAAGUGAAUGCAGGGACAAGAAUUUAAUGUCUGUCUAGCGUGGUGGCUUUUGGAAGAUACAGAUACCUGACUGUUAGCCAGCACAUUGGUAUUGUACUUG